AGAAAGUUAAAGCACAAACAAAAAAAUAAAACAAACAACAACAACAAAAAAAAGGCUUUGAGAACUUCUGCCUUUACUGGACGCAGCGUACAAAAAUAGUGAGAAAUUAUCAGAAGAAUUUGGUGAAUUUCCAAGAAAUGUGUAGAAGAUGAAUCAAACGGCGGAUAUGGAAAUGAUAGAGGUGGUGGAGGAGUCUCCGGCUAACAUUUCUCCCGGCGGCGCGGCUGCACAAAACGACGUUGCUGGUGGCUUUCUUGCAUUGGCCCGUCAACUAGUCGAUCAGGGCAAGCCUUCUCAAGCCCUUCAAGCGGUAGUUAUGGCUAUGAAAACAAAAGGAGGAGAGGAGGCAGUUUUGUACAUAUUGCAACGUGCGCGUGAGCUAUAUAGAUCAAAACUACAGGCAAGUUCAGAAGCUGAUGAGCUCGCUUCUUUAUUUGCUGAAUGUGUAAUUGCUGAAGCUCAGCCCCCAGGAAGUGAAGCAUCAUCAUUGGCAACACAACCGAGUAUUCCCGUCAGUGAAAUGGAGACUGAAUCAUGUGGAGCGUCAAUAUUGGAGGAGACUGGAAGAAAGCAAAUUGUGCUGGAUGCCUUCUCUGAUGGCAGUAGUUUCAUCUGUUUGCAAUGUGGUGGUCUGGUUAGCAAUCAUCGUAAAGAUGAACAUUAUGCUUACUGGUGUCAGUUUUAAUUGCACCAAGAGAAUAUUGGUGUGUGAACUGUUAAAUGUUCACAGAUGCAGUAUUUUUUCUGAUGUUUUUGGAAAGGAAAAGAUCCAACUUCUGGCUACAGGCUUAGGCGAGCCAAUACAAGGUAACACAUGAUUUUGUAGAAUAUAUUUAACAGAUGAGGAAUGUAUGCCGGAGUUCCAGUGGUUACGAUGGAUAUAGCUCACAUUAUGUAGUAUGAACUAGUACUGCCUCUUAUAGGACACUAUCCGUGGUGCGAUUCUACCUGGUAUGGCAUCAACUGCCAAGUUAUUAUGUACAUGUAUUAUUAUGACUAUUAUCUUCUGGUUAAGAUAAUGAUUCUUAUGGACACCAUUUCAGAUAUUUCAACACUGUUUUUUGUGAUA